CUUUUCCAUUCUCUAUAAAUUAAACACUCUCCCCUACCUCUCUUUCCAUCUUCCAACUUCCCUUCUGAUCUCAAUAAUUAACAUAAACUCCAAAUCUCUUCAUUAAAUUUCAUCUCUUUUUCUUGUACUUGUUUUUUACGGCUCCUAUAUUCUAAUUCUUUCAAAACCCACAACUGAUUUCCAAGUUAAAAAUGAUGAAGGUCGAAUUAAACGUUGAAAUGAGGGAUUUAAAGACAAAGAAAAAGGUGUUGGGUGCUAUUUCUGGCCUUUUAGGUGUUGUAGCAAUGGCAGCAGAAGAAAACAAAAUCACAGUGAUUGGAACUGCAGAUCCAAUUAAGAUUUGUAAAAAAGUAAGAAAGGUUUGGCCAUGUGCUAAUAUUAUUAGUGUUGGACAAGAGAAAGAAGCUGCAAAGAAAGAAGUCGCAAAGAAAGAAGAAUCUCAACCCACAAUUGAGCAAAUUGAUUGGGCUAAGGCUUACACAACCUUCUAUUCUUACCCCACAACUCAUUACUAUUAUCCAUAUCAAGAGCCGCCAUAUUAUGUAUAACCCAAAAGGUUGUGUUAUCUCUUAAAUCAGUUACUAUAGAGGUUGGGACAUAUACUGAUAAUUUGAAUAAUAUGGCGAGAGAGUAUCCGUACUUUGAAGUUCUAUAGGAUAAGUAGUGGUUAUUAGAAGACACACAUACAUCUGAAUCCAACAUGAUCUAGUGGUGUAAAUCUGUUAUAUUCACAUUGUGGUGUCCUCUCCAAAGAUUUUUCUAAAUUAAUUAUCACAAUAUAUAUACAUUAGCUAGAGAGGUGAAGGCUAUAAUUCUUUUUUUUUUUUUUUUUUAAGUACGGCCAAUGUGGAAGCUAAGUAUAUAUUAAGCUUUUUUUAUUUAUGUUUUAGUUAAUGAAUAUUAAUAGAGGAUAUAUGGAUUAUUAUA